AUGUAUUGUGGAAAGAAACUUAGUGAGGACCAAAAAGAAGCUAUUAUCGCAGCUAAAAAUUUAGAAUAUACAAAUACUAGGAUUUCUGCAGUCAUAAAUUGCUCUCAUUCCUCUAUUCGACCCUUCUAA